CAAAGAAAAUGGCAACUACCACCGCCACCACUAGUCGCAAAGUUCGUCCUCCGUCACCGAAUAUUAACCGGAGCCGGAGUACAACCUCCUCGAUAUCUCUUCCGGUAUCUUUAAAUGCGUCAGUCUCGUCUUCUGGUUCAUCAUCUACUUCCUCUUCUCCUUCCAAUACAAGCAAACGUGUGAUGAUUAGCAGAUCACAAUCCACAACGAGAUCUUCUAGACCCAACUCGAAAUCAAGAGAGAUGACCCCGGCGAGAAACAGCGAGUCAAGAUCUCACGAGGUGAACAACGGUAGAAGCAGAGAGGCCUUUGCUCGGUACUUGGAGCAACGUGAGCGUGGUAGUCCUCGCAAUAACGCUUCAGGGAAAGGUGUAAAACCGGGAGCUAGCUCACCAUCGGCGUGGGCAUUGUCCUCAGGGAGAGCUGAUUCGACAAUGAAAAAUUCUCUGUCUAGUUCAUCUCCGGCGACUUCAAUGUGCCACACGCCCCCGGAGUCACCGGUAAGCGCGGCCAAGAUGAGAAGCAGUGGCCGUGGAGCCGUGGCAGGAGUUUUGAAAUACUUUAAGGCACAGAAGAAAGUAUCACCGGUUCAAGAGGAGGAAUAUCACCGGUUUAGGCUUCUCCACAAUAGAUUAAUUCAGUUAAGGUUUAUUAAUGCAAGAACAGAAGCUACUAUGGCUAACCUUAAGGUCAACGUUGAGGAUCAAUUGUUUUGGGUUUGGCUUAGAAUAUACAAACUGAGGAACUACGUAGUCGAAAAUUUACUAGAAGUUCAAAGGCUACGUCAAGAAAUCAAACUACGUCAAGUUCUGAGCCUCCAAAUGCCUUUACUCAAUGAAUGGUCCAAGCUGGAUGCAAAAAACUUGGAAGCGUUGAGCAAGCUAACUCGAAAACUGCAGGCUUUGUCUGUUCGUUUACCCCUCCUACAUGGUGCAACGGUAGAUGUGGUGGCCUUACAUGAAGAAAUGGUCACAGCUAUAGAAGUCAUGGAUGAGAUCGAAGACAUGGUCAUCAAGUUUCUCCCGCGACAGGUUGAAAUAAUCCUAUAUGAGAUGACAGAAUUGGUCAGCAUGUUCAAACAAGAACUGUCAUUUUUUGAAGAGUUGGAAAAGAGCCUUUUCCUUAUUCCUGUCUUUGCGGCGAAGGAGAGUAGCUUAAAGGUCCAUGUUCUCCAGAAGAUUGAAGAAGAGAGAAAAUCUAUGCAACAUUGA